CCAAACAAAGAGGGGAGAGGCAGGGCUAGAAGUAGGUGACAUAUGCUCAGGUUCAAUAAGAAAAAGCAGAAUGUGGCAGAGCAAAGAAGAGGAAUGGCCGGGUGAGACAGUCAAGCAGCAAAACAAAAAAAAAACUGAUAACAGUGAUGCAUCACAACUCUGACUAGAAGACAAAAGGAAAGAAAAGGAAGUGGGAGGAGAGGUUGAUGUAGGACAGAAGGUGUAGGUGAGGAGGGUGGAGUCAAGAAAACACUGAAGGUGGAACAUAGACAAACAGGAGCAGCACGUUGAUCCCCUGAGCCACACAGACCAUCAGUGGAAAACAAGACAAUGAAGGGCUGAACCAGGCUCCACGUUCAGCUUUUCAGACGUGUGAGAUGUGUCCGAGUGUGUGACAGAAACAUGACUGUGGAAUAACAGGAUCUAACAUUCAUCUUUAAUAGAAGACACAACUGAAGGAGGCAAGGAUGUCUUCGUUGUCUGACUCUGACUCUCGCUGCCAGCACGGAGAUACAAUCUGUGAGAUCCGUGUAUAUGAGCAGGAGGUGAUUGUGGUGCCCAUCUUGCUGCUGGCCAGCUUCCUGGUCACUCUGGUCUUUAUUUUACUGCUGCGUUUCUGUCCAGAGAAGGUCGACCGCAUCCGUCCACAGUCCUCAAAGUCAGCCUUCAGACCACAGCAGUCCAGGAGAGUGCUGAGUGGCAUUGACGCCCCUCCUGGUAUCAAUGUCUUGGAGCAUGAAAGCAUUGCACUGGAUGUGGCCAAUUCUUACUCCACCUUCCAUCCUCCGAACACAUACUCCUCCAAAAGCCUGGGCUUGUCCGUGGACCCUCCAUCUUUACCACCAAACCCCCCUCCAGAGCCAUUCAAACCCAGUUUCACACCCAUCGUCCAGCCCAGGGAGUUACCCCGCCAGAGGCUGCCCGAGUCCUUCAACCUGGUCACCCCUCUUCCUGCUGCUUUCUCCCUGCGCUCCGACUCUGCUGUGUCUCUGUACAGGGCCCGCAUGGACAACAGGAAUGUGGUCCUUCGGGUGCUGAAUGACUCUGCUGAUGCCACAGAGAGACAUAAUUUCCUGUGCUUUGCAUCCUUCCUGGCCCAGCUUGGUCCUCACCCCUUUUUGCCAGAGCUUCUUGGUGUGGUCUCAUUGCGAGCUCCACUAGUUACAGUUGUGGAGGAGCUGGAGAACCGAGACCUGCUCAGCUUCCUGUGGCGAUGCAGACAGGAACAUGUCGAUCCUCCAUGUGAAAUGACUGAGAGAAGAAUAUUCACCAUGGCAACUCAGGUGGCUUCUGCCCUGGAGUUUUUACACAGCAAAGAUCUCCUCCAUGGAAACAUCCGUGCCCGCAAUGUACUGGUCAGUAAGGAGUUUACAGCCAAACUUUGGGGUUUGCACGGAGUCUACACCAGGAAAAGCCAGCAGACCACUCAGAGAGACGAUCCUAGUAUGAAGAAAUGGCAGGCCCCUGAACUGCUGGCCAAACGAUCUGCCAGUCCGAGCAGCGACAUCUGGUCAUUCGGAGUCUUAUUGUAUGAAAUGGCAACACUAGGUGAAGCUCCAUUUGCAGAAAUCUUAGUCAAUGAGCUGAUGCAGUUUCAUCAACGAGGGAAAAGUUUGAAGAAACCCUCACACUGCUCCAACACACUAUACUCUCUCAUUAAGAGUUGCUGCCAGUGGAAAGAGACAGAUCGACCCUCCUUGGCAGAAGUGACCCGCAAACUCAGCUCAGGAGAGAAAAGUGCCUCCGACAAACUGAUCAAGGCGUCUGGGACAGUUAACAUUGAGCAGUACCUGCAGGAGGCAGGAUACGGGGAGACCAACAGCUACACUGUUUUCUAAACCCUGCAUGUGCCAGAAAAAAGUACUUAAAUACCCCCGUGGUGCACUUUACACUACAGCACAAUGUCUACAAGUAAAUCAAGGGCUUAAAAACCCCAUAAUGAGUACUUUGGACAUUACAGCUGGAGUUUUUUCUCAACGCAUUAUUCAAGUUCAGACCACUUGAACAGCUAAGAAUGUGCUAAAUAAGGUGUUUAAUUCUGGGAUUUAUUUUUAUUAAAAAAAGACAUUGUUUACUUCUCUUUAUAUAGAUUUUUAAAGUCUUGUUGAGGACUAAGACAUGUAAACUUGACCGACGUACAGCUACUGCAUCCUGAACUUGUGGUUAAUACUGUUAAUCUAUGAUGGUUUACAAAUCUGUUGAUAAUCCAGCGCCAGUGUGUAUUAAUAUAUGUUAUGACCUAUUUAUGGUUUUAUAUUUGGGAGAAUGUUGGUGAUUAAACACACAAUUAUUGAUUAUUGCUAUGCUAAACAGAUGCUGUUUACACAACUCAAAUGUAAAUAAAAAGAAGAAAUCAUUACAAAGCCCACACUGAGCUUGUUAUUUCCAACUGGAUACCAUCAGAGAAAUGUAGAAGCAUAUUAAAAACUUAAAAGGUUAAAAGUUAACUCACUUAUUAUGCCUGUAGUAUUAGUAUGUGCUAACACAAAACACAUUACAGGAGCAGUGAGCUGCUUUGGUGGUCAAUGGUACUACAAAUUAAAUAAAAUUUGGCAAAAAAUCGGCCACUUUGUGAUGAACCACCUAAAAUCCUUCUGUACUGAUUUUUCAGUGCAUGCUUCUGAAAAUGUAAUGACUCAU